GGAAAUCACUUACAUGGAGCAAACAGUCAGCAAUGAAAUAAAGUCCAGCGGUGAAGCUGAACCCAGUAGCAGCAGUCAUGGCCCUCCGAGGAGAGAAGUUAAUCCAUCGAGGGCGGACAUUGAGGAUCAUGUUCGUUGCUGGAAACUAUUCAAGGCUAUACGGCAAAAUGAUUGGAAAGGUGUGGCAGAUUUCAUACGCCUAAAUCCCGCUGCCUUGACCGAACCGAUUAAAGUAUUUGAGAUGGAAACGGUUUUUCACGUAAUCAGUCGAGAGUUAAGUGCCCCCUCUUGGCUUAUCAAGAAGCUCGUAUCAGGUGUCCCUCCAGACACACUAGAACAGUUGACAGAUAAAGACAACGAAUCGGCCUUAUUCAUGGCUUCUAUAUACGGCAAUAGAAAGGCUGCAGAAGCCUUUGUGAAGUGGAAUUAUCAUUUGCCAAACAGGAGGAACCGCUCUGGUUUACUUCCAAUUCACACAGCAGCAAAAUAUGGCCACAAGGAGAUAAUUCAAUAUUUNCUUCCCCUUGGUUUUGUUCCUUCGUUUUUUGAAUCUUGGAUUUGA